AUGAAGCUUGUGGAGUGUGUGGCCGACCAGCGUGGAAGGUUCCUGGCAUGCGUGCUUAGCGGACCGGGAAGAAGCGAGGUGCGUAUUCUUUCCUUUGAAAGCGAAGAGUUCAAAUCCAGUAUCGACCUCGGAUCAGAUGAGAAAGUAGAGCGGGUCAAAUGGCUCCUAAACAAAGACACAAGCUACCUGGGAGUGCUUCUAUCCACUAAUGAAAUUCUGAUAUACUCCCCUUUGUCAAAAGAGGUGGUAAACAAGAUCUCUACUGUUUCUGCCCUUAUCGAUUUCACUGAUGGCCCGGGCCAGGAUGUCUGGGGAUACGAUAGAAAGAAUCUCACGCUGCGCAAAUUUGGUCUUUUCGAAAAUCGGGUGGUCGACUCUCGUCCUUGGACAACAGAUAAGCAAUGCCAAUACCUUCAGUAUCUUAAUUCCAAGCUUGCUAUUGCCUCCUCUGCUUUGUACGUAUUUGACCCUUACAAAAUCGGAGAUGCCGAGGAGGAAGUCAAGAUCGCAGCGCCAAAGGCCCAUCAAUCACAGAUAACUAGCGUUAUAGUUUGCGAAAAAAACCCAGAUUUGCUUGCGCUGGCCAGGGAGGAUGAACCCCUGAUACAACUUGUCUCGCUUUCCAGCUCUAAAGUGCUGUCUUCGCUUAAAUGCGCAUCUCCCGUGAAGUCAUUGAUACUGCUGCAAGAUUCCUCACUAGCUGCUGUGACGGAAGAUGGUGUCAUUGAGAUUUUUGCUGAGGUUUUCGGCAAGAAGUCCAGAAAACAGCUCGUGGCUAAUUUGCAAUUGAAACCAAACACAGCUGUCAAAUUUGUCAAUCUCGUAAGCAUAAAAGACCAUUUUGUCGGCUCGUGGUUUGACGGCUAUGAUGUUAGGACCACCGCUUUUGAAAUUGAGACCUUGUCCCAGGAAGGAGAAAUCAUUAUUGACGUGGGCCACGAAAACGAUUCCGGCUCGGACGAGGAGCACGACGUCGAGGAGCACGAGAGUGACGAAGAGGAAUCGGUGGAAUAUUUUAGACAAAACAUCGACGAGCUCUAUACGCUGAUACUUGAGAAUCUUACGGAUAUGGACCAGCUGGCUACCAUUUUGUCUCAGAACCAAGAAAGCGCCAAAUCAAUCAUGUUUGCGCUGAAAGAUCAAGAAACUAUUGAUCUUUUUAAGCAGCUGACACUCAAAAUUGCAGACGACUCGCAAAACUCGCAGGGAUUGGGGACCUGGCUCAGGUGGCUACUCAUUUCCAAAGGUAAUUUGAUUUCCAAGGACGCCGACUCUGUUGGUCUGUUAAAACUGCUCCAGUCUUCUCUCAAGGAAAACAUCCGACUACUUCCUAGCCUUUUAACGUUACAGGGACGUCUUUCUUUGCUUCAAUCUCAGCUCAACCUCAGAAAUGACAUGAUGAGCAAAGGCACAGAAACGCCCAACGAGGUGAGUUUUGUUGAGAGCUCGGUGUUCUUGGAUGGCGAGAACGACGAUCUGGAGUACCAAGAAGAAGCCGAGGAGGAGAACGACGAAGAGGACGAGGACUGA